UAGCACCACCUGUACUCUGACUGGUAACCCCACCUACACCUGGUACAGGAACAGUAAGAUUGUACAAGAGGACUCCUCCCCCUCAUACACAUUCUACUUUAAAACUGAAGACAGCUUCUACUGUGCUGUAAAAGGCAUCAAUUCUCCUGCAGUGUCUGUUGAGGGUCACAGUUAUUUCCACGUGACUUACACCCAUCAGAGGAUCUGUACCUUGAAUGGGUCAUCAGUGGACAUAUCCUGCUCUUAUACUUAUCCCAGUGGUCAUACAGUCUCUGAAACAAUCUGGUAUACAAAAGGAAAACUUCAUGAGACGUCUCAAAUCCUGAGCCCGGGGUAUGGAGGUCGUGUGGAGUACCUUGGAAAUAUGCAGAGUGACUCCAUCCUGAGAAUCACAGACCUGAGAGAGGAGGACUCAGCUGAGUAUAAGAUUAGAUUCAGAACAGAUCAGACAACCUGGGAGCCCACCAUCCCUGGAACAACUCUGACUGUCACAGGUCUGCAGGUGAAGAUGACUCCUGCCACUGUGACAGACGGACAGAAGGUGAUACUGACCUGUAGCACCACCUGUAUUCUGAGUGACAACCCCACCUACAUCUGGUACAAGAAUGGAUAUGUAACCAACCAAUCUACCAGUCUGUUCCUAAACCCAGUCAGCAGUGAGGAUGCAGGCAGAUACUCCUGUUCUGUAGAAGGCCAUGAGGAUCUCCCCUCUGCUGAAGAGACUCUCACUGUCAGAUACGGCCCAAAGAACACCUCAGUGUCAGUCAGUCCCUCUGGUGAAAUAGUGGAGGGCAGUUCAGUGACUCUGACCUGCAGCAGUGAUGCCAACCCACCUGUGGACAAAUACACCUGGUACAAGAAGAACGUAACCUCACCAAAAGCAUCAGGACAGAGUUACAGCAUCACUAACAUCAUCUCUGAGGACAGAGGAGAAUAUUACUGUGAGGCCCAGAAUGGAAGAGGAUCUAUGAACUCUACAGCUCUGAUGAUCAUUGUAGCAGGGAAACAAACAUCAGUUCUGACUGCAGCUGUAGGAAUCACAGUGUUUAUUCUGGUUCUCAUCCUCUUUCUCCCUUGCUUCAUGUGGUUCAGGAGAUCCACAGGAGGAAGUGAUGUCACAGCAGACACACAGAGUGCCCAUCCUGAUCCUAACAGUGACACGUACACAGCACUGAACAUGAAGACCAGGUCACCAGAGUAUGACACCCUGGCAAAUGUGAGGGACUCCUCUAGUGACACAGUCCCUCAGAUAGAUGCUGAGCCCUCAGAUUAUGAGAACUGUAGAGAACCACCACAUAACCUGGACUGAAGGGAACCACCACAGAACCUG